AUCGAUUCCAUUGAGAUAGCCUUUUAUCGAAGUCUCUCUCUCUACCCUAUCAACAAACACAACUCCUAGAGAAUCUCGAAACUCAUGGAAGUAGGAAUGUCGUUGAACGCACUCCUUCAUCCACCACUAUCAAGUUCAAGUUCAAGGUUCCACAACGACUCACUCUUUUCCAUGCCAAGACAAUUCCCCAGAACUCAACGCCAACACCAACACCACCAUGUCUUAGUAGUUGAAGCAAAGAGUAAAAAAGGAAUGAUGUCUCGUCAAUAUCAACGUCAACCUCCUCCUCCUUUACCCAAAAUUGAAGACGACGGUAAUCCUAAAUUCGUCGUCUUCAUUCGUAUGGCUAAUGUUUAUCUUUGGUAUCCUCUUAGUAUUGUUUCUGGUGGUACUACUGCUAAAAUUAUGGUUGCUGCUAAAGAUAAUUUUCUUGGCAAAUUUAUUUAUAAGGAUACUCUUGAUCGAAAUCUUGCGGCUGUUAUCUACCGAGAUGAGAAGGAGAUACAGAAAUCUGCAUUCAAACAACACCGUGUACUAAAGUCGGCUACUGAAUUCAGAUAUGGCUACAAACUUGUUGAGAAUGGCAAUGUAAAAGCUGCACUUUCUACCAGUGAUGUUAUUCAGCUUCCUACACCAGAUAAACUAAAAACCGUAGCUGAUAAAGUGAAAGACUUUUUCGGAGAUGUAAAGGAGUCCUUUGGGGAAAUAACAUCGUUAGUUACUGCUACCGAUGAGUCAGAGGAUGAUUCAAAAGAAAAAACUAAGUGAGUUUUAUGUCUUUUUGUGCUAAUACCAGGGUUAAAGGAUGAAAUUAUAUCAGGAAACAAUUUGCUUGAAUUGUUAAGUGCUGUUUGGAGCCGUAUGAACUUUAGAAAGUUUUGUGCUGUUUGUAAAUUGGUUAAUGGCUGCUUUCCUUGCACAACAAUGCAACUCCUGUUUUGUUCUUAUACCUGCACCCAACACAUAAUUUUAUGUUCUGAUCAGCGAACACCACCUUUAUUAUCACA